AUGUCGCUCUUUUCGCGCCGCAAAACCCCCGAUCAGCUGGUAAAGCUGCUGCGGGAAGCGCUCGCGGACCCCUGUGCACCUGCUAAACCGUCGAAAGACGGAACGGCCGUGGAAGAGGUCACAAAGCGCUUGAGUGAAAUGAAGCUGCUGCUGUAUGGGGACGGGGAGCAGGAGGUGAAGGCGGAGAAGUGCGCGCAACUGGCGGAGCUGCUGAUUGCGAGUCAACUCGUGCCGAAACUCAUUUCCGGGCUGGAAAAGUUGCCGUUUGAAGCGCGCAAGCAGUUUGCACAGGUGUACAACAACCUCAUGCGUCGCGAUCUUGCGGGCUUUGUGAGCUACGUGGAGCGUCAGUCUGGCAUUCUGUCGGUGCUUGUCGCAGGGUACGAGAACCCUGAAAUCGCGCUGAACUGCGGGACCAUGCUGCGUGAGUCCAUUCGACAUGAAGUCGUGGCGGGCAAGAUCCUGUAUUCUCCCGAUCUGUGGAAGUUCUUUGACGUGUACGUGCACCUGCCUAACUUUGAAGUUGGCUCGGACGCGUUUGCGACGUUCAAAGACCUGUUCACGCGCCACAAGACACUGGCUGCUACCUUCUUCACGUCCAACUUCGAUACAGUCUUUUCGAAGUACAAUAGUCUUCUGAUGUCGGAGAAUUACGUCACCCGGCGGCAAUCGCUGAAACUACUGGGCGAGAUCCUGCUUGAUCGAUCCAAUUUCGACAUCAUGAUGAAGUAUAUCGGGGAGAAGGAGAAUUUGAAGAUGAUGAUGAACCUGCUGCGUGAUACGAGCGCGAACAUCCAGUUCGAGGCGUUCCACGUGUUCAAAGUGUUUGUGGCCAACCCGAAGAAGCCUGAAGCGAUCAGUCAGAUCCUCGUGAACAACCGCGAGAAGCUGAUUGCGUACCUGAAGAACUUUCAGAACAACAAAGAGGACCCGCAGUUCAUUGAGGAGAAGGCAUUACUUAUCAGGACGCUCGAGGGUCUGAAGGUGGGCGAGAGCGCCACGGAGACAGCGGCUCAGUCUACGGUACUGCCGCAGUGA